AUGUAUAUGUUUCCAAAAACACUAAGAAAAGACUUAAUACAAAACUAUAUUAAUGAGUAUAGAAGAAAACAUAAGAAUAUUGUUUUUUUUGAGCCAUUUUUUCGAAAUAUAUCUAUAUUUCAAGUAAAAUAUAAUCAGAGAAAUAGUGAAAGUUUUUUAUAUAAAAAUAAUGAAAUAGAUUAUAUAAAGGAUAUAAUUGGAGAAAAAGAUUUAUACAUAUUUGAAAAAAAACGAAAAAAUAUCAAGAAAUCUUACUCUGAAAUAUUAAAUAUUUUUAAACAUAUGAAUCAACUAAAAAAUAAAUUUAACAGAGAUAUUUUAACAGCUGAGAACAUUGAAUUAGUUGAAAGUGUAGGGAAAAUCAUUCCAUUUCUUGUUACAGCAGAUGAAUUAUUUUUAAUAACAAAAAUAAUGUUAAAAACACCAGUAUCUAAAUCAAUCUUACAAGAAAAACUAGAUCUUUGCAAAUUUUCUAUCCAAAUAGCAUCAUUGAAAGAAAGCGAUUUGGCAACUUUGUAUAUUGCAGAGAAAAAAAUGCAAUUAGGGACUCCUGAUCAAAUAUAUCAGGCUUUACGUAUAUAUAAAACUCUUUCUAAAAAAGGAAAUGCAAAAGCAUUACUAAUUCUUGGGGAUUUUGCUAUUAAGCUAAAAGAUACCCAGCAGGCAGAAAAAAAUUAUCUUAAAUCUAUUGAAAAAGGGAAUUCUGAUGCCAUGGUUGCUAUGGCUGGUCUUAAAAGACAUCUGGGGAAAGAUGCAGAAGCAAAAUUCUGGUUUAUACGUGCUUCUGAAUUAAAUAACCCUAAGGGACAUUUUGGAAGGUCUUUAUAUACAACUCAUGAAGAAAGUUUAUAUUAUCUUUUACAAGCAGCAUCUAAUGGAAUUGUUGAAGCAGCUCACAACUUAGCUGAUAUAUACAGAAGAGAGGGUAAUACAAUAUUUUCAAAAGAAUGGUUUGAAGUUGCAGCAUUUUCAGGGUUUCAGGCAAGUCAAAUAAACUUAGCAAGAUUAUAUGAACAGGAGGGAUUAUUUAAUAAAUCAUUAUUUUGGAUAAGAGAAGCGCAAAAACAGGGGGGAACUAUAGCAGAGGAGGCAAGACAAUAUGAAAAUAUACUAUUAAAGAAAUAUCCUUAUUUAAAAUAA